AUGCCAUCGACUUCUUCCACUUUAGGUGUUCAGACCCAGCCGAGGACAUCGACAGCUCAGCCAGCGCCGCGGUCCUCGUUCGCCGUCAUUCUGGAAUCCAGUCCUCGUAAGCGCACGGGAACAGCCGCCGUGAGGACGGUCGAGGACGACGCAGACGAAUUGGUGAUAUCGGAUCUUUCACCACAAUUCAGAAAACUCGCAGCUCAAGCAAAGUUGGGCGUGAGUCUCGCCAAGCCAGCCUUACCAGAAGCCAUCAAAGAUGAGCCAGAGGUCACUUCGCCAGGGGCCGCGACUCCUCCACCGCAGCCUCGCAAGCGUGGCCGGCCAAAGGGCUUUCGACCUGCUCUGAUGGGCAACAGAGCCUCACAGGAGGCCGCCGAGAGUGGACCGAGAAAGCUGCGGCCGGACAGGCCCAAGAUAGGCGCCUUAUACGCGGGGAAACGGCGAGGUCGACCGCCCAAGGCAGCUUCACCAAAGCCGCGAGACAUCUACGAGAGUCUAAACCCGCAUUUCAACACAUACAUCUGCGAGUGGAAGGGUUGCCAGGCCGAGCUUCACAAUUUUGCGACUCUGCAAAAGCAUGUGCUGAUUGUUCAUGCCAAAAGUGUAGCAGCCAGAUGUCGAUGGGCAAAGUGCGCCGAUCGGCAGCCACCUCGAGAAUUCCCCACACCGGCAGACCUCAAAUCUCACUUGGAGGAUCUCCACAUGCUUCCAAUCGCCUGGCAGGUAGGGGACGGGCCGCAAGUGUCGUUCAAGCGAUAUGCUCCCGAUGAUGGGACCAAGCUCCCUGACUACCUUUUUGACAAGGCCGGCAACCAAAUCACACCGUCAAUCCGGGAUCAGAAGGAAGAGGACUUGUACACGUGGCGCAACAAUAGGCGGAAACUCAAGGACCUUUUGCUCUUGAGGGACCAGAACCUGCCGAGCGAGGACGAGGAUGACGGAAUGGAGGAGGUGGCUGAGGGAGACUGA